GCCGCCGCGCCGCGGGCAGGAAGAUGGCGAGCGUGCGGCUGGAGUUCCAGGCCAGCGCUGGCGAGGCGGACCCGCAAAGCCGCCCGGUGCUGGUGCUGGGCCAGCUGCAGAACCUCCACCGGCUGCCGUGGGCUCACCUGCGGGGCAAGCUGCAGCCCAGGGUCACCGAGGAGAUAUGGCAGGCGGCAUUAAAUACUUUGAACCCCAACCCCACCGACAGCUGCCCCCUCUACCUGAGCCAUGCCACAGUAGCUGCUUUGCCUUCCCGGGUGAGUCGACACAACAGCCCCUCUGCUGCUCAGUUCCUGACACGGGUUACCCGGACGUGCUUGCCUGGAGGAACCAAGAGAUGCAUCCUUAUGGUGUGUGAGCGCUCAGAGGUCUUCGCUUCAGCUUGUGCCAUAGCUCGGGCCUUCCCACUCUUCACCCUUCGCUCCAGUUCAACUAGGCGUACAGAGAAGAAGACCGUAGUUGUGGAAUUUUUCUUAAUUGGGCAGAACAACGGCCCAGUAGAGGUUGAGAUGCUGAAAUGUCUAGAAAGUGCUACAGAAGGGGUUAGACUGGCAGCUCGAAUCGUUGACACCCCUUGCAAUGAAAUGAACACUGACAAGUUCCUGGAGGAAAUCAGAAAAGUGGGAAAGGAUUUGGGGAUUGUGCCAACUAUUUUUCAAAAUGAAGAACUAAAGGAGAAAGGAUUUGGAGGCAUCUAUGGGGUUGGGAAAGCAGCCAUUCACCCACCCGCGCUAGCUGUGCUCAGUCAUACCCCAGAAGGAGCCACACAGACUAUUGCCUGGGUUGGAAAGGGCAUUGUCUAUGACACUGGAGGACUCAGCAUCAAAGGAAAGACAACAAUGCCUGGAAUGAAACGAGAUUGUGGUGGGGCUGCUGCUAUUUUGGGUGCCUUCAAGGCCACUGUGAAACAAGGCUUUAAAGACAAUCUUCAUGCUGUGUUUUGCUUGGCUGAGAAUUCUGUUGGACCAAAUGCAACAAGGCCUGAUGACAUUCACGUUCUUUACUCGGGAAAAACUGUGGAAAUCAACAAUACCGAUGCUGAGGGGCGUCUGGUACUUGCCGACGGCGUCUGCUACGCUUGCAAAGACCUCGGGGCUGACAUCAUUCUUGACAUGGCCACUCUCACAGGUGCUCAGGGAAUCGCCACGGGGAAGUACCAUGCGGCUGUCCUCACCAAUAACGAAGAGUGGGAACAGGCCUGUAUCAAAGCAGGCAGAAACUGUGGUGAUCUUGUUCAUCCCCUCGUCUAUUGCCCAGAGCUCCAUUUUAGUGAAUUUACCUCAGCUGUAGCUGACAUGAAGAACUCAGUGGCAGAUCGAGAUAACUCUCCUAGCUCCUGUGCUGGACUUUUUAUUGCUUCACACAUUGGUUUUGAUUGGCCUGGUGUUUGGGUCCACAUAGACAUUGCAGCUCCCGUCCAUGCGGGAGAAAGAGCCACUGGCUACGGUGUGGCUUUGUUGCUGUCACUCUUUGGCCGUGCCUCUGAAGACCCUCUGCUGAAUAUGGUCUCACCAUUGGGCUGCAGCGGUGACCCCUUGGAAGACGGCAUGGGGAGAGAUUGCAAGAGACGGCGCUUGGUUUAAUUCCCCUCCUCCCCCUAUUUUGGAGCUGGCAUGCCAGAAUUACCUCACUUAGCACUGAUCAAAUUUCCUAAAAUCUAAAAUAGCAUGUGUCAGAAAUGGCCAUUUAAAGUGUAAAAGAAAAUAGACACAAAAGUUGUGGUCGCUUGUAUUCUGGUUUUCCCUGACAAUGAAAAGUCCAGUCCUACUGGUUUCUAAGAAUGGUUUGCAUUAUUUUCUAGGGUUUUUUUGCAAAUGUGUAACAGCUUUGCAGCUCCCGGCCCUUGUUGUGGAGGGCCUAGAAGUGUUUCUCAUCUCUUCCCUUUCAAAAGCUAUCUGAGCCUAUUAAUUACAACUGCUUGACCUCUUACUUCCUAUAGAGUUUUUUGAGUUAGUUUCCUGGAUUCUCACUCUUGUCAGGGCUUCCUUAGCCCCUUGUCUUUCAAAAUGUAUACAGUAGAGGGGGAAACACCACAUAGUUGUCACCAUACAGACUGGACCUGUGUUUCUCAAUCUGGGCACCUUUAAAAUGUGUAGACUUCAACCUGGCUGGUUGGAGAGUUCUAGGCGUUAAAGCUCACACAUCUUAAAGUUGUGACCAAGUCCAUACUUCAUGGUUAAAGGCACUCUGUUUCCAGCCAUUCUGCCUCUGGACUCCAUUUCCCUUCUGUCCUGUUCUUGGACAACUGAACCUGCUUUUUGGUCCCUGCAGGUAGGUGAGCAGGAAUUAAAGAGGAAAAUUUGGAAGGAACAAUGACUCUCUUGCCUUGCAUCACACUGGGAAAUGGGAAGCCCAACGUCUGCUGAAGUUGUAAGAUGGCAGUCUUGGGAUAAGAAUCACUUUGGGCUCUGCUGUCCCAUGACAUUAAUGGAGGCCUUAAUCUCUUUCUUUAAAGAUAGGCUUUAAACAAAAUUCUCCCUCACUUGCCUUUCUUGCAUGAUUAUUUUAUCAGUGUGACCCAGUGCACAUGUCCAUGAAGUUCUUAACAUGCUUAUGCUAAUGAAUUACAUUAAUGUUUAGAAUUAAAGACCUUGUGGGAGGUAACCACAUCAGAAUAAAGCUUUUCCUAUUUCAA